ACAUGCAUGUUGGGACUAGUCUGCAACCCCAUCUCUGAUCCCCUUGACGUCGAGACCUCCGACCUAGUCGGUCUAUUCAGACCGGGAGAGAGGGAGUGGGGGGUGCCGGCCGGGGUUGUAGUGGUGGGUAUUUGUUUUGGGGAAAUUGUGGUGGAGGGAGAGGGAGAGGGGAUGGGGGAUUUGGAGGAUGGGAGACAUAUUGUUCCUCAUGAUCUGUAACUUAAAUCUUGCAGGAGGAAGUGCUGUGAACGUUGCUGGACCUUCGUCAAGCCAGGUCUUUCUCAGCGUAUUUCGGGCUGUGGGUGAAGUAUUCUUUUCUCCCUGUUAUUCUGCAUUGGGGCUAAGGAUUUCGUUUGUUACCUUUUUUUUUUCUUGGAGUUCUUUGACAUGUAACCUUUCACUCGAGCUCUUCUUCUCACUCGAGCUCUUCGAAAUGAGUCUGGCAUUGUGAGUAGGUAGCAUCCCUAAAACAUCUAACAAUCGAACAAUACCCAUCGAAGGACUUGGGCC